UGGACCCCAGUGGCUGAAGUAGCUCCAGGGUUCUCUGGCUCCCAGGUGGUGGUUCUAAUUUCAACAUAGGGUUUGAUUUGCCAAAAGAUCAGCAAGGAGGAAAAAGGAACAAGAUGGCAUUUUCCAUUUUUGGGACUCCAGAAGAAAAUCCGCCAUCUUUGGCUAAGUCAAUAGCCAAGCCCACCGAAGUUGAGGAUAAUUCUGAGGUAGUUGGAUCUGAAAGGAGUUCUUCUGAUGCAAGCUCUGGUGACUCUGUAAUUCCAAAGGGUGUGGAAAGUGAGGCUCCUGAAAACACAGAAGUAACUACUUCAGGCUCAAGUGAAGAAAAGACCCUACCAGCUGCGCCUCUUCCUAGCCCAGAAGUUCCAGCAGCUGGGAGGAAUCCCAACCCAGCACCAUCUAGGAGAAAUCCACCAGGAGGAAAGUCUAGUCUAGUGCUCGGUUAA